UUGCCUCUACAUGUGGAUCCAAAAUCAUACGAUGAAACUAAGGGAGUGUUCGAGAACGAGCUUCGUAUGAGUUGCUCCGUUACCGGGCACCAAAUAUUGGACGAAGGUCGUCGUAGAGAUACCUGGUGUUCUGAUAUCGAUAAAACCAGCUUUUGUUCAUGCAAUCAAGAAGAGGAAGACGACGAUGCCUUUGAGUUUAUUCAGAUGCCUACUUUGGGAAGUAGGGAUGAAUCGCUUACGCAUUCUGAGGAGCUCACUGGCGAGCAACGACGACACGACAGCAAUCGGGAUUCACCCAGCUUCGAACUCUUGUCAGAGUCGCCCUCGCCUACACCUACAUGCUUCAUGCACUUCAACGAAGAACAUUUCUCGGCGAACGAGGGAAAUCCGAACGAGUAUGAAUCUUUUAGCUUUCUUAACUCACGGUACAGCUCCAUUUUUGUGAUAGAUAUUCACGGUAGAAUCUACAACGAUUAUGAAUUAGCAAAGCUCAAUUGGCAAAGCGUUAACGCUGAUUUGAAAAAACGAAUUGAUAAAAAACGUAAUUUGUACAUAACAGACCAACUUCAGAAUACUCACUGUUCGAAUCCAAUCCUAGAGCAAUCAAACGAAUGGAAGAAGAAUCCUCGAGAUGACAUUGGGUGCAACUCUCGCGACAACGUGAGCAACUCGUACGACGACGUGAGAAACUCGCAUACGAGUUAUCUGACCGUGCAAACUCACUGCGACUCAAAGUCGCAAUCACAAUGUAGUUGCCAGUCGCAGACCGAUUUGAACGACUUCACACAAAGCUUCCACUCUCACACCACAUCGGUUACUGACACGACCGACAUUUACACUGAGGCUUAUGGCAACGAUAAAUACGACGAGCAAGUGAUAACGACUAAGAACGUACGAGAAGCGGGAACAGGAACAGCGGCAGCAACAUCAACAGCAACAGCAACG